AUGUUCAAUUUUUCUGGGUCAACUAAGAAAAGAGUAGUUAAUCUAGGUAAUAAAAAACUGGGUUAUAAUAAUAAAAUCAAUUUUUUAGAACAAUCAAGAUUACAACGACAAGAAAGAGAGUAUCAAAAAAAUAAGGAGAAAUCAGCUAUAAUCAUUCAGAAUCAUAUUAGAAAAUAUCUUGAUUUGAAAAAGAAUUGUUUUGCAAUUAUAAAUGAUUGGUUAAAUUUCCCAAUUAAUAAUGAACAAGAUUUUAAUAGUUGGAUUAAUCAAUUUAUUAAUUUGAGUAAAUGGUAUUUGUUAAAACAAGAUGAUGAUUUGAUAUAUCAAGUGAUUAAAUCAUUAGUUGAGCAACUACUGGAUAGUAUGUUUGAGAUCUAUAAUACUGAUGGAGUGAUACUUGCAUUAAAUAAAUUGUUAUCAGGUUUAAAAGACAUCAAUAUUUUAGAUUUAAUUGUUCAAGCUUUGCAUAUUGUGAUAUCGAAAACGACAAAUUUAGGGGAAGUACAUGGAAUGAUCAACAAUUUGGUCAAAGUUUUCAACAACUAUGAAUUAUCGCCAAAACAAAGAGAGGUGGUUAUUGAUUUGAUUUUCAUGAUUAAUAUACAUGAUUCCUAUCAUGAUUUUAUUAAAGUGUUAACUCUCGAUUACUUUGACAGUGAAAACAAGAAGUACUUGCAUGUCUUGAGAAACACAAUUGGACCAACAACACGAAUUUUACAAUUUGAUGACGAAGAGUUGAUAUCAAUGCUUUCCACAUAUUUAGUAAUCCAUGGUAGUGAACAAUUUACUCAAUCUGACUUUUUAUUCAUCGGAUCAGUAUUGGAGAAUAUUCAUUGUCGACUUAAAUUAAAAGACGAUGAUGACGAAGAAGAAGAGUUUGAUGCGAAAGAUUAUGAAGAUGAUUCUAAGUUAAAUCUGAACUCCGCCUCAAACACGACUACAGUGUAUAUUAAUGACAAGAUAUCUGAUUCUUUGGACAAAUUAUAUUCCCCUGUGUUCAUUCAGGGGACUAUUGAUCUAUUAAAAAAUGAAUCAUCGGAAUUAAAAAACCUUGCAUUGAAAAUAUUACCAGCAUUGAUAAACUUGUACCCGGCACUCAAGGGGAAAAUAUGUAUGUUAUUAUCUAUUGUGCCCAACUGUUAUAAAUGGUUUUUCGAAACCAUUAAAGAACAUGAAUUGUUUCAACUAUUUAUUAAUUGCAACAAGGAUUAUGUAAAGACUCAGGAAUUGGAAAACAUUGAUAAAUCAUCUAUGGAGUCUUUUUGGCAGACGGUUUUUUUAUUUGAAGAGCUGUAUUCUUAUUGGCUUAUUGUUUCUAAUGAUUUGGAAAGUUUUAAUCAAGAUAAACUUCCAAUAGAUGAUGUCAAGCAAUUUAUUGAUUUCUUAAAAGUUGUAUGCUUGACAUUGAUUUUUUCAAGUAAUAGAUCAUUGUUUCCUCAAUACAUUAAUUUGAAAUCAAUAUCAACCACGUUAUUAAACCAAUUAUAUUUGAAAAAUUUAAGAAUGAAAUUUUUACCAAGAGAUUAUUGGAACCUUAAAGAUUUAGUGUUUAAUGUGGAUUUGAUGUUGUCAAUAAUUGCUGAAGAAGAAGAAUCAAGAAUAAAUGCCGAGGAAAAUGACGAAGAAGAAAUAGUUGGUCUUAAACGAUUUAAACCAGUACCAAUAGAAAUAUUAUCGAAAUUAGAAGUAUUGAAAACUUUACCAUUUUUCAUUGAGUUUAACCAUCGAGUGAAAAUAUUCCAAGCAUUGAUUGAUUUGGAUAAACAGAGAAAUACAUCAUUUAACCCAUUCAUGUUUGAUGAACCGAAACUAAUAGCUAAAAUCAACCGAGACAGUAUAUUAGAAGAUGCAUAUAACGCAUAUCAUAGACAAGGUGCAAAUUUCAAAAAUAGAUUACAAGUUGAAUUUUUCAACCAAUAUGGUAAAGAGGCAGGUAUUGACGGUGGUGGAAUCACCAAGGAAUUUUUAACAUGUGUUGUCAAAGAGGGCUUCAAUCCUGACAAUGCCUUUGAAUUAUUCAAAGAAACCGGUGAUAAUCAACUUUAUCCAAAUGAUAAAAUUUUUGAAAUCUUGUAUGUUGGCAUGGAUAGAGAAUUCCAACAAAUAAAACUUGAUUAUAUUCGAUUCUUGGGUAUGAUUGUUGGUAAAUGUCUUUAUGAAAAUGUAUUGAUUGAUGUUUCAUUUGCUCCAUUUUUUUUGAAUAAAUGGUGUAAUGAUGGUAUGAAAAAUUCCAUUAAUGAUUUGAGUUAUUUGGAUAAUGAACUUUUCAAAAAUUUAAUGAAACUUACAAAAAUGACCAAUGAUGAAUUAAAACAGUUGGAAUUGACGUUUUCAAUCAAUUUAAAAAUUGAUAAUAAAUCUUACAACCUUGACUUAUUACCAAAUGGGGCUAACGUUGAAGUUGAUCUGUCCAACAUUCUAAACUAUAUCCAUCAAUUGGCUAAUUACAAGUUGAACCAGUCAUUGAAAAUCCAAACUAAAUAUUUUUUGGAAGGAUUAUAUUCCAUGAUAUCGAAAAGUUGGUUAAGUAUGUUUGAUUGUUUUGAGUUACAAAUGUUGAUAUCGGGUGGUAAAGACGAUAUAAACAUUGAUGAUUGGAAAAAUAAUGUUGAAUAUGGUGGUUAUUUGGACGAUGAUCCUGCUGUUAUUAUGUUUUGGGAAAUUGUUGAAGAAAUGACUCCACAAGAAAGAUGUAAAUUAAUUAAAUUUGUUACUUCUGUUAGUCGAGCCCCAUUAUUAGGAUUUGGAUCAUUGGCACCUAAAUUCGGUAUUAGAAAUUCUGGGAAUGAUUCGGUUAGAUUACCCACAGCAUCUACAUGUGUAAAUUUAUUGAAAUUGCCCAAUUAUCGAGAUAAAAAGACAAUGAGAGAAAAAUUGUUAUAUGCAAUCAACACUGAAGCUGGAUUUGAUUUAUCUUAA